AUGCACAACGAACAACGUAGUAACUGGUGGGGGCCUGAUUCGAAAGACUCAAAGAUACAUGAAAAAGAAAAAAAAGAAGAAUUAUGGCAUGAUCAAUCAAAGCGAUAUGACCCGGAAUUUCAAAAAAGUUCUUAUUCUUAUUCAACAGCUAUACUGCGUGGUAUUCUUCUAGGUAUAUUAGUCGGCAGUGUGGCAUUGGCAACAAUUCUGACAUUGUAUUUAGAGGAAUCAGUAACAACGACCACUAGCACAACAAGUACGACAGCUACUACAACAACGACAACAACAACCACUACAACCACUACAACGACUACAACUACAACAACAACCACUACAACCACUACAACCACUACAACGACUACAACUACAACGACUACAACAACUACUGCGACAACAACCACUACAACUACAGAAACUACGACAACGACCACAGCAAGUACAUUAAACAUCCUAAUUCUUCCUUAG